AAGCUUUCCCACGGUUAAACGUCUCAUUUGUGUCGCGUUACAAUUCCACCUGUUCAUCGAGUAGGGAGGGAGCUGUCCCGAGGCCAUCGUCGGACCUUUCAGACACACUUCUGCUAUCUGUAUUAUAAGAAAACCCGUGGUUGAGAAAAUGAGGAGAGAUCGCAUUAAUGGCUGCAUAGACCAACUGCGGAUAAUAUUGGAGAAAGAGUUCCAGAAAAAUCACCCUCAUUCCAAACUGGAAAAGGCGGAUAUUUUGGAAAUGGCUGUAAGUUACCUGCAGCAACAGAAGCAGCAGACAAGAGAUGUCCCAUCACACCAAGAAAAUAGACAAGACUCAUAUUAUCAAGGAUACUACAUGUGUCUCAGAGAAACAGUGGGCUUCCUAAACAAGCAAGAGUCACAAUCCGUGAAAGUAGAAAUGUUAAACCAUUUUACUAUGGAAAAGAAUCCAGCGCGGACUGAGAAACGCCAGGCCUCCUCAAAUCAAACCGUCUCCCGCCUUGGUGGAGCCUCUUGCCAGAUUUCGCAUUGUACCAAAGAAAUAUGGAGGCCUUGGUAGUCUCUGAUAAGACAUUAAUCGCCGGCAGUCCUUGCAUCGCAAAUCCCAGGCAGCGAAGACCUGAGCGCUGAUGUCAUUUAUUUAAUGUUAUGAUGUCAUCAGCUGUAGGAUGCUCACAAUAUGUAGC